AUGUGUUUUCCACCAGCCAGAGUUGUACUUGACAGCUUAAAUCUCUUAAAUGAAGAAAGCGUUGUCAAUCCACCAACGCCGAUAAAACUUCUUCAUCUGGUCUCGCCAAGGAGAUCCCCACGGCUCACUGCAUUGAGGGAUAUUGAAAAUGAAAACGAAAGCCUCAAAGCCAGAGUUUCCAUCCUGGAGAACCAGGUGUCAACAUUACAGUUCCACCAAAAUAAUCUGUGGUCGGAGUAUGAGAAACUUAGCUACACAGUAGCGACAUUAAGACAACAGUCCUGGAUGUCUCAGCCACAACUGACACCAACAACGUCCAAUGUCCAUCCUGUCGUGCCCACCCAUACGGUGCAUGAAACAUCAGCAGAUGAGAAACUGGAUUGCACACCUGCAACUAAAGAAAAUUUGCAAGAAGUCACACAUUGCGGGUACACCAAGAAACAGCUGGCUGAAAUUGCCAGAGGCAUGCGCGAACAGAAGAAGGCGUCGGCAAAAUUGUUCCGUCUCCUGUAUACAAAACAGGAGAUGGAAGGAAGAAGCUUGACCGGAAGAGGGACAGCUGGAAAGCAGGCAAGACCAGCAUUGGCUGAUCUGCACAAGCUGGAGAUUAUUUAUGAGAUCAUGCAAAAUGAGUUUGGUGCUGGAAAGGAGCAAAUAAAUAUCGUUUUGAGGGACCUUCUGAAGCCUUCCAGGAAAAUAAAAGCCUGAGAAAAUACAAAUUCAAGAUAUUUAUAUUUUUGUUGAGUUUUCUUCUUUUUUUUUUUUUUUCCAGUAGAAUUUUGAACCCUGUGGUUGCAUAAUGGCAUUUGGUGGAAUUUGAUUGCAGUUCGUGGAAUUCAAUGGCAGUUUGUGGAAUUCCAUGGCAGUUUGUGGAAUUCCAUGGCAGUUCGUGGAAUUCCAUGGCAGUUUGUGGAAUUCCAUGGCAGUUUGUGGAAUUCCAUGGCAGUUCGUGGAAUUCCAUGGUAUUUCGUGGAAUUCCAUGGUAGUUCGUGGAAAUCAAUGGCAGUUUGUGGAAUUCCAUGGCAGUUCGUGGAAUUCCAUGGCAGUUCGUGGAAAUCCAUGAAAUUACAUGGCAGUUCGUGGAAAUCU